AUGUCAUUGGAAAUAAGUGAGGACCAGUUCAUCUGUUCAUUCUGUCUGGAUCUCCUUAAGGAUCCUGUGACUAUUCACUGUGGACACAGUUACUGUAUGGGCUGUAUUAAGGGCUUUUGGGAUCAGGAUGAUCAGAAGGGAGUCUACAGCUGCCCCCAGUGCAGACAGACCUUCAGUCCGAGACCAGUUCUAUGUAAAAAUGCUAUACUGGGUGAAGUGGUGGAGAAACUGAAGAAGACGAGACUCCAAGCUGCUGCUCCUCCUGCUCACUGUGACCCUGGAGAUGUGGAGUGUGAUUUAUGCAUCAAGAAGAAAGAAAAAGCCGUCAAGUCCUGUCUGACAUGUCUGGUUUCAUUCUGUCAGACUCACCUCCAGCCUCACUAUGAAUCUCCUGCUCUCCAGAAACACACGCUGGUCAAAGCCUCCACACGACUACAGGACCAGAUUUGUCCUCAUCAUAGCGAACUCAUUAAGCUUUGGUGUCGAACCGACCAACAGUUCAUGUGUUAUCUGUGUAUGGUGGAUGAACACAGAGACCAUAAAACAGUAUCAGUGGCAGCAGAGAGGACUGAAAGACAGAAGCAGUUGGGAAAAAGUCAGAGGAAAACCCAACAGAGGAUCCAGGAGAGAGAGAAGGAGGUGCAGGAGCUGAGACAGGCUGUGGAGUCUCUGAGGCGCGCUGCACAGGUGGCAGUGGAGGACAGUGAGAGGAUCUUUACUGAGCUGAUCCGCUCCAUUGAGAGAAGGCGCUGUGAGGUGACAGAGCUGAUCAGAGAUCAGGAGAAGAGUGAAUUGAGUCAAGCUGAAGGAGUCCUGGAGCAACUGGAGCAGGAGAUUUCUGAUCUAAGGAGGAGAGACGCUGAGCUGGAGCAGCUUUCACACACAGAGGAUCACAUCCACUUCCUCCAGACUUUCUUGUCUGUCUGUUCACCUCCUGGAUCUGAAGUCUCACCCAGCAUCACUGUCAGUCCACACCUCUCUUUUGAGGAUGUAGGAAAAUCUGUCUCUCAGCUGAAAGAGCGACUGGAGGAUUUCUGUAAGGAGGAGUUUGGAAGACUUUCCAAUAAAGAGACAAAUAUAGAGGAAAUUCCUCCUCCUGAACCCCAGACCAGAGAGGAGUUCUUAGAAUAUUCCUGUGAUCUCACACUGGAUCCCAUCACAGCACAUCAAUACCUCCGCCUGUCUGAGGUGAACAGAACUGUGUGGAAUGCCAGGGAAUUUUAUGCAUGUCCUGAUUAUCCAGACAGAUUUGAUACAUAUCUUCAGGUGUUGUGUAGAGAGAGUGUGUCUGCACGCUGUUACUGGGAGGCUGAGUGGAAUAGGUAUGACGCAGGUAUAGCAGUGUCAUAUAAAAGCAUCAGCAGGAAAGGACGGGGUAAUGAGUGUGGGUUUGGACUUAAUGAUCAGUCCUGGGCUUUGUUCUGUAAUUAUAAUAGUACUAAAUGGACAGUAUCAUUCAGACACAAUAAUGAAGAGACUAAACUCCCCGAUGUCCAGUGUCUCUCCAGAAUAGGAGUGUAUGUGGACCACAGGGCAGGAACUCUGUCCUUCUACAGCGUCUCUGACACAAUGACCCUCCUCCACAGAGUCCACACCACAUUCACUCAGCCCCUCUAUCCUGGGUUUUGGGUCAAAUCAAAAGUGAGGUUAUGUCAUAAUCCAAAAUGA